CCGGACCCAACGCGCCGAGAGCCACGCCGAGACCUGCGGGGGGUGAGGCAAUGGGCAGCCCUGAAGACGACUUGAUUGGGAUCCCUUUCCCAGAGCACAGCAGCGAGCUCCUGGGACGCCUGAACGAGCAACGUCGGCGGGGGGUACUGUGCGACGUGACCCUGCGGACUCAGGGUUCAGAGUACCGGACCCACCGAGCCGUGCUGGCCGCCUCCAGCCGCUACUUCCAGCGGCUCUUCGCGGGGCCAGGCAUGGGGGUGUGCGAGCUGGAUUUCGUGGGGGCUGAGGCUCUGGGGGCCCUCCUGGACUUCGCCUACACCGCCACGUUGACCAUCAGCACGGGAAGCCUCGGCGAGGUGUUGCGCGCGGCACGCCUCCUCGAGAUCCCUUGCGUCAUCGCGGCCUGCGUGGAGAUCUUGCAAGGCAACGGUUUGGAAGCCCCCGUUCCCGACGACGCUGCCCGGGAACGUGCCCGCCGCUAUCUGGAGGCCUUCGCCACCCUGCCCAACGCCGAAGGGGACUUGGCCGAGCCCCCGGCCUGCCCGGCCCCCCGCCGCAGCAAGAAAACCCGCAAGUUUCUGCAGACCAAAGGUUCCCGCCUCAACAACCACGUUGUGGAGCCGUCUUCUUCUCCGUCCCCUUCCUCAACCGGGACGCAGGGGCGCCCCAGCCCCCCCAGCCAGGCUUCUCCCGCGCCGGCCUUUGGCCUCCCCCGAGAGGAUGAGGAAGAGGGACUCCAACCUUCUCGUACCUAUCCUUACCCAUACAGCCGGGGCCUCUCGCCCGAGGAUAUGGGUUCCGACGAAGAACCCGUCGACCCCAACAUCAUGAACUGCAUGCGGGCACUGAACACGGACGGGCUGACUCCGGGUCUCGAUGCCCCUGACAAGCUGGUGCGCAAGCGCCGCUCACAGAUGCCGCAGGAGUGUCCCGUCUGCCACAAGGUUAUCCACGGUGCUGGCAAGUUACCCCGCCACAUGCGCACCCACACCGGGGAGAAGCCGUUCGCCUGUGAGGUCUGCGGGGUCCGCUUCACUCGGAACGACAAGCUGAAGAUCCACAUGCGGAAACACACGGGCGAGCGCCCCUACUCCUGCCCGCACUGCCCGGCUCGCUUCCUGCACAGCUACGACCUGAAGAACCACCUCCACCUGCACACGGGCGCCCGCCCCUACGAGUGCUGCCUUUGCCACAAGGCCUUCGCCAAGGACGACCACCUCCAGCGCCACCUCAAGGGCCAGAACUGCCUGGAGGUGCGGACGAGGCGCCGGCGUCGGGCCGGCGACCACGAGUCCGAGUCCCUGCCCGCCGCCGGGACGCCCCCGCCCUCCGGCGACCUCGAGUUGACCAACGGGCAGAUCGAGGGGCUGCUCUCGCUCGCCCGCUACUGGGACCAGGACCGGGCCCACCGGGGCCCGUCUCCUGUCCCCAAAGAAGAGGAAGAAGAGGAGGACGAGGAUGAAGAGGAAGAAGGUGGUGUGGAGAAGAUGCAGACCGACAGGCCAGCAGCAAUAGAAAUGGCGUGAGGCCUGGGCCUAGGCCUCGAGCCUGCCUUGCUUGGACAGUUGCCGUGGUGAUUCUGUAAAGACUCCGCCAUCGACUAGAUGCACUAUCCCCCCCC